AUGGUUUGUGUCCUUGAACCGACAGCUAGUGUACUUGCACAAAAUCCAAAGGUAUACCUCUUCACUGGUGAUGCCCGUGUGUCCCAGAGGGAAAGACUCAGCAGAAGUAUGAUACCCUGGCAAUUACAGAAGAGGAGAGAGGAACGUGCUGCCCAGAGAAAGGUCGGGGCCAAGCGCCGAGGUGCCAAAGCCCCCGAAACGCUUGUGAGGGAGACCACUUGCAUCUUCCGGAGGCCAGUGAAUAAAAUCACUUCUCACCCUGGGAAUGUCACCAAGUACAGGAAGGACCCAAAGGAUCUGGAGAAGCACCGGCAGCGGUACGCUUUGAAGAGACGGCAGGACCUUCGCAUUGGAGGCAGAGGAGGGAGCUUUCUGGGUUCACUGGAUCUUACAGAUCCUGGAAAGACAGUUGCAGUGGGGAUGCCGGAGGAAGCCGAUGUCCAAGGUGCUGCCAAAGAUCUCCAAGGGGUGACAACGCCAAUGGCUGUUCAGCUGUCACCAUCUUUCUACAGACAAGGGGUGACUGCUGCAGACAUCCGCAGACAGACCUGGAAGGUGAAGAGAGCCAGGAAGAGACUGGCUGAGGCCUUGCAGGCAGACAGGCUUGCCAGGCAGGCAGAGAACAUGUGGGAUUGA